UUCCGAACUCGUGUUCUAUGGUGACACAUCAAAAAGGUUGACUAUCAGCGGUAACGGAAGUACCAAAUUGACAGUGUAGUGGUCACUUUAUUUUCUAGGGAUUUUACUCAUUUUCUCUUCGAGGGGGGAACAGAGGGUGUGAGAUUCGGAUGGAAUAAAGCUCCUAUGUCUCCAUAGUGUGCGAUGAAUCAUAUCUAGAUAGGAGCGCGUGUUGCCUAAGGAAAAACAGGAAACGCUUUGGUGACGGUGAACGGUGAAGGCGAAACGCAUAUAUAGAAGGAUUAGCCAGAGGGCAACGAAUACGACAGGACACUGUCGAACCAGUUUCAAAGGUAUCCGGUGAACCGGCUCUGAUAGAGUAUCAGAUUGCAUUGGUUUGUAAGUGAGGAAAAUAGUCCGAGAAGUAAUAUCCGAAUGUUACCGUGUGAGUAAAGUGAGGAAAGUUGUACCGAAAGGAAAAACAAAGUGGCAAGAAAAUCGAUUUCACGGGUCAGAGAAUCUGAAUAAAAAGUUAUAACAGCUCCAAGCUGUGUAGUGACAUAGUGUUCCGAAACGAAGUGAAGGUUUUAAUAAGUUACGUAAAAAUGUUAUCUCGGUGGUCUGCGGCGUUAGCGAUUUUUGUCCUGACGUGGAGUACUUCGCAUCAAGCACAGGCUGCCUCACCUCGAUGGGAACCUCAAAUUUCGGUGCUAUGCGAGGCCGGUCAGACAUAUCACCCGCAAUAUCUCUCAGAAGAAGGCAGAUGGGCGACAGAUCUGAACAUCAAAGCCCCAGGCUCGACAUGCCUACGGGACAAAAUGGACCUGCUCGAUUACUGCAAAAAGGUGUAUCCAGGUCGUGAUAUCACGAACAUCGUCGAGUCGUCCCACUAUCAGAAAAUCGGUGGCUGGUGCCGACAAGGUGCACUGAACGCAGCCAAGUGCAAAGGUGCUCAGCGAUGGAUCAAGCCAUUUAGAUGCUUGGAAGGUCCGUUCCAGUCAGACGCACUUUUGGUGCCUGAGGGUUGCCUGUUCGACCACAUUCAUAACGCGUCGCGGUGCUGGCCGUUCAUCAGGUGGAACCAGACCGGUGCGGCCGCAUGUCAGGACCGAAACAUGCAAAUGCGUAGCUUCGCCAUGCUGCUACCGUGCGGAAUCUCGCUGUUCUCCGGUGUUGAGUUUGUGUGCUGCCCGAAGCAUUUCAAAGUGCCGAUGAAAGUGAAAAAGACCGACCUUCCGGUGUUGCCACAGGAUCCCGAGGUAUUGCCAGCGCUAGAUGACACAGAGGCCGACAAUUCGGAAGACGACGACGAUGAAGAUGAUAUUGAUGACGAUGAGGAUGAGGAUAUGAUGAGUGAUGAGCCAAUCGAGAAUGAUGACGACGAAUACGAUUCCGAGGAAGAAUUUGACGCCGAUAAGGAAGCGGAUACCGGAUCCGCGGUAUGGGAUUCUUUCAGCACACCGCUCUCACUGAUGGGGUCAAAUAAGGACAAGAAAGACUCGUACACAACCACACCAUCUAGCACAACGGAGAAGCAAACCGAAAUUCCCACUACUCCUAUCACAGCGAUCCCCACACCAGAUCCAUACUUCACCCAUUUUGAUCCACGCUACGAGCACCAAAGCUUCAAGAGUUUGCACACUGAAUUUCAGGAAGCACAACAGCGACUCGAAGAGAGCCAUCGUGAGAAGGUCACCAGAGUAAUGAAGGAUUGGUCGGACUUGGAAGAGAAGUAUCAGGAUAUGCGUCUCGCAGAUCCAAAAUCGGCUCAAACUUUUAAACAGCGCAUGACCGCCAGGUUCCAGACUUCUGUGCAGGCACUUGAAGAGGAAGGCAACUCUGAGAAACAUCAACUGGCAGCAAUGCAUCAGCAACGCGUGCUGGCCCACAUUAAUCAGCGUAAACGAGAGGCAAUGACUUGUUAUACACAGGCAUUAACCGAACAGCCACCGAACGCUCAUCGCGUUGAAAAAUGUUUACAAAAAUUGCUACGUGCCUUGCACAAAGACCGCGCGCACGCUCUUUCUCACUACCGCCAUUUGCUAGGAUCGGGAGGUACCGGUGGGCUGGAAGCCGCAGCUUCCGAAAGACCACGCACUUUGGAGCGACUGGUUGACAUCGAUCGCGCCGUUAACCAAUCAAUGGCAAUGCUCAAGCGUUAUCCAGAACUUUCGACAAAACUAUCCCAGUUGAUGGAUGAUUACAUCCAAGCGUUACGAUCAAAAGAUGAAACUCCGGGAUCGAUGCUAGCAAUGACGGAAGAAGCAGAGGCAACAAUUUUAGAUAAAUAUCGCAUGGAAAUUGAACGUAAGGUUAGCGAAAAAGAACGUCAACGUCUAGUUGAGAAGCAACGUAAAGAACAACGUGCGCAGGAACGAGAGAAAAUUCGUGAAGAGAAACUACGCUUGGAGGCUAAAAAGAUGGAAGCUGCCUACAAACAGCAGCAACUAGAACAACAACAGCAACAACAGCAGCAGCAGCAACAACAGCAACAACUACUACAACAGCAACAGCAGCAGCAACAACAAACUCAAACCCAUCAACCUGUUUCUGAACAACCGGCACAAACUCAAAAACAAACCGAGCCGGAAACACAAAAAGAUGUCGAAACUACCCGUGAUUAUACCGAGGAAGUUACUAACACUAUCAGCUCCCAAUCGACAGCUCUGCCCACCGUCGACGAUGAAGCGGUGCAGCGCGCAGUGGAAGAAGUUGCUGCAGCGGUGGCACAUCAGGAGGCGGAACCCAAAAUGCAACAUGUGUUGGCUCACGAUAUUGGCCACGGUGAACCGAGCUACUCAGUAAGACGAGAGAUCUACGGCUCCAGUGGACACGAUGGUAAGAAUGUUUACUUUACCCUGGCAUUCGCCGGCAUCGCGCUGAUGGCCGCUGUUUUCGUCGGAGUUGCUGUAGCCAAAUGGAAAGCCUCACGAUCACCUCAUGCUCAAGGAUUUGUCGAGGUCGAUCAAGUGUGUCCCGCAGCGACUGUUGGACAACCCAUUACGCCAGAGGAACGACAUGUUGCCAAUAUGCAAAUCAAUGGUUACGAGAACCCAACCUACAAAUACUUUGAGGUGAAAGAAUAAUUUACGAAUCAGGAGAAUACUACUUGUUACAAUAGAAAUCUAAUCCUGGUACCAAAGUCGGUAGAGAGUGAAAGCCGACGAUACAUUAAUUGAAAUCGUUUCAAAGUGCGUGCAGAUUGGCUAACAUCCGUGAAGCAUUUGCAUGAGCGGUUAAAAUGUUUUUAUUCAUUAUGUUUGAUCUCUAGAGAAGAGAAUGCUCCUAUGGAAAAAUGAAACCUAUGUCCAGGAGAAGCAAAGUGAAAUACAAAACCCUAAUGUUAGUUUUGCUAUUGGAAGCAACAAGUAAUGACAAAUAUAAAACUAAGUAAGACCAGUAUUUUAUGUUCAGCAAUUUGGUAAUUAGUAAGAUGAAAAGCAGAGCAAAACUACCGUUAAAUAGUGUGAUUGUAAUUGUAAAUUUGCCCGCAAGAUAUAAAUUUAUGAGUAUUUAUAGGAAUACCUUAAGAAAAUGGUUUAGAAGCUAAAAGAGGAGGUUUUCACCACAGAAUGCCGCCGUUACCAAAAAUAAAAACAAGCAAAACGUAUGAACCCACUACCGUUUUGGGAGAUCUCUUCAGCUACCACUCACAUAUUACGCAAUACAUAUGCAAUGAUACCAGGCUACAUUUUUUGUUCAAGCACAUCCCCUACGACGUAGUAACAAAUAAAAAAUGGGGAUAAAAAAGGGCACCUGAUACUACGCAACGGGGGCCCUCUUAAUCUUACAACUCAUAGUUAGAUAGCUAAGUAGCUAAUUAGUUAUUAUUACAAAAGCAAGCAUGACAAAAAAGAACAAAAACAAUAACUGUAAGUAAUAUAGCUUUUUUGAUCAGUAACCGAAAAAUGGUAAUAGAACAAAAAAAACUAUCAAAAACAUAUAUUUUUUGUAACAAGCCUGCUAUACGCUUUGAAAUUUCAUAUUUAUAUAAUCUUAACAAUAAUAAAAGGUAAACUAUAUAUUUACAACAACAAUAAGACACUCACUAUCACAUGCUUCAAGAAAAAAACAAUAAUUUCAAGGCUUUCUAAUUUGUUUCAACAGUCGAUUACUCACAUACUCUAAACAAAUGCAAAGCAAAAGCAACCACACUCAUACCACUAUAGAUGUCGUCCUCGAUGUGUAGACACCAGGUGUGCAAAUUUCAAAAAAAAAAACAUCGUAGCUCAUGAGAUGUGUGCAUGUACCAAUUAAAGAGCUUCUUCCGAACAACCUAUAGCGAGCAGUAGGAAAACGAAACACAAACCUAAACACUUAAGCAAAACCACGACAAAUGCAAAAACAGCAGCAACAUCGCAAUCAUCAUGCAAAGAUAGCAAAAUUGUGCAUCCUGAUAAUUCAAAUUCGUCCAUUUUUGUAGACUUUUGCGAGCGCGUAACUAAAUGUAAGAAGUAACAAUCGAGGAAUGAGAAAAACCAUGUUGUCCCCAGUUUUAAGCUUAACCCCAAAGCAUAUAAACUUAGCAGUCACACAGUCAGUGUUGCAGGCUAUGCAUGAGAUAAUUUAAACGCUUGGCGCUCUAGUGAUCCCUGUUCAGUGCUUUGCCUCUCUUUCAAAAGGGAUGGCCUCGUUAGUAGUUUAUUUCAUGCGAAAAAAAAUCUCAGAGAAAGAAACCCGUAAUUCUCUAUUAUGUUUAUUCCGUCAAAAUAACACAGUCACUAUGAUACACUUUACUUGCUGAUUGGGAAAGAAAUAUAAUCUAUGUAAAAAUGAGUUUGAUAUUACUAGAGAACUAACAUUAACAAUAAUGACUAAAGGUAUUUAAAAACAGAAUACAGAAUAAAAAAUAGAUUAUAUAUCCAGGAUAUCAUGUAAAAGAAUGUAAUGAGGAUAUUUAUACAAUACGUAUAAAUGUAACGAUGUAAACAUUUACAGAAUAGUUUUAUUAGGAGACUAAACAACAGCAAAAAAAACAAUAUAAAACACUUCAUUUAUUAUACCAAAUCAAUAUUAUACUUUCUAUUAACGGAUUUAGGUUAUUCAUAAGUUAUAUAAAUACCCUACUUGAAGAUAAAAGAAAUCUAGUCAUCACUAAGGCGAAGAAAAAAACUGAACCUACAUAUACUUGCAGGAUACUUAAAUGAAGGAGUUAAAAAAGUUUCACCAAAAGCGCUUCGUUUAAUACGAUUGCUAUCCACUAUUAUUCAAGUAAAGCAGCAAUUAUAUCAGCAAAAACAAGUACAUGCUAAAUCAAAAUGUAACCGCUCGUUUCUUCACCAGUUUGUUUCUUCAAAACAAAAUAUUACUCAAUCUAUUAUAUAUAAAAAAACUUUUUUAAAUACAAGCCAGAAUAAAACAAAUAAAUGAUGCCAGACAAAACAAUUCAGAAAAGAAAACCAUUAAUUAGCUGUCAAAAAAAAUAACAACCAUAUACAAACAUUUGAGAAAUAAAUAAAAAAGAAACGUUUUGUGUGCGAGAUUCCGCAAGAAAUACAAUUAAUUGUUACUCAUAUGUGUAAUAAUUAAUUAGUAAAAAAAUACGUCCCUUUUUUCAUUACGAACAUCGUAGAAUAGAACGUGUCACCCUAACAGAUAUACAGACCUUGAGUAAACACUCAUCGACUAGAAAUUCAAGACACGACACAUUUUUUCUAGAAACCAAUAUCCAUCUGUUAGAUUUGUUCGAUCAAAUAAUUAAGAAAAAAGCAAACUGAAGAGGAUUCGUCUAGAAUCAGCACAAUAAUUUACAACCCUCAAUUUAUUUCACGAAUUACUACAUCUAAUCUUUUUUAUUAUAAUCUUAUCCUGUUAAAACAAACACACACACUCAUACAUUUUCGAAAUUCGACCGGAGAAAGUGCUUCUGAAAACAAAACCAUUGUGAGCAAACGCUUUGUUGACUGACUAGUCCAAGUUUUUUGUGCUAAAAUCAAUCGUUCCCUAUACCAAAACGCUCGAUGAAUGCCAGUUCUUAUUGAAAUAAACAUAUAAAAGCGAGAAGCGAAAGCAAACAGAAACAGUCAAAAAUGUAUUUGAUCGAUUCACACACAAUAGAACAAAAGUGGUCCCAACAUUAUCUGUUUGUAGAAAUAAAUGACGAUAGCGCCGAGCGGAGAAGCAAAUUGAAAGUUGAGUCGAAAAUGCACUGUAAACAAACAAAAACUAAUAAUUUGAAGGAGGAUAAUAAAGUAUGAGAUAACAA